GAUAAACCUAUAAUUCGUGUACGAAUUCCAGGCAACAAUGAUCUACGUGCAAGAAACUGCAGUUAAUUUACUUCUAUUUCACAAUUUAUCUGCCCUAAAACAUUAAACAAACGAGAGAAAAAUUUUGUCGAAUAUUGUCAUCAGAGGCAUAUGUAACUACACGGUGAUGGAGUAAUUAUUUGAGUUCAAUAUAACGAAACUAAUAACAACAAAUACGUGGAGAAUAUACUGCAUCAGUAUCCCAUUUUUUAUGUAUAUAUUCUAAAAUCGAAUUAUAUACGCAAUUGAAAACAUGUUCAGGACUGUGUUAUUGGUCGCAUUUGUCGUCAGUUCAGCAUACUCAGCUGGUGACGAUAAAGGUGGAGAAGGUGCAUGUGCGUUACCCUGGAUUCAAUUUGAAGACCAGUGUUACACCGAACCUGGUUAUACCUCUGGUACUUUUAGGACUUGGAGCGAUGCUAGAGAGGAAUGCAUCAGGAUAGGUGGAGACUUAGCCAUCAUUAACUCCCAACAUGCUCAGGCCUAUCUGACAGCAGUGAUGGAAUAUGAACUACAUGAUGUUUGGAUUGGUUUAUCAAACGGCCAAUCCACACCAACGUUUACUUGGAUCGAUGGUUCCUCACUCAACUACACAAACUGGGGUCGAGAGCAACCGGACGGAUAUCCGGAGAGUACCGGACCAAAUCCACCGGCAUGUGUUGUUAUGAUGUCGAUCAAAACAGAAGCUGGGAAGUGGAAUGACCAGAAUUGUGAUCGACAGUUACCUUAUUACUGUCAGAAACCAGUAGAUCCGAGCCUGACACCCCCUCCACCGGGAGGUAUUUCACUUUGUAGAGCGGGUUAUAUUUCUUACUUCCAGGGGUGUUUUAAAUAUGUAUCCGAUAAUCUGAAUUAUGAUGAGGCUGAGACCGCUUGCGCCAAAGACAUGACGCAUCUGGCAACAAUCGGUGACGCAUACGAUGAGGCUUUUAUCGAGACGCUCAUGUACGAAAACGGACACAACUCGGCAUGGAUAGGACUGCGCAAGCAACAGGAUUCUGUCUACGAAUGGAAUGAUGGUUGGCCUGUAUACUACACUGCGUGGGGUGCAGGGGAACCGUCUGGGGGAGAGGGGGAAGGGUGUGUCGAAGCCACCAUUCUAGGACAUUGGGAUGAUACCAUGUGCACCAAGGGACAACCUUUCAUCUGUAAAUAUACAGAUACCUCAAUACCAGUACCAGGGCCCACCUCAGAUGGUUACUGUGAACAAGACUGGAUAGAAUACGGUUCACAUUGCUAUCUAUUCAUGACGAACAUCGACGAAGUGCCGCGUACAUGGUCAGAAGCUAACGAAGACUGCGUCGCAAACAAAGCAACGCUCUUAACGGUGCACAGUGAAGAUGAAAACUACUUUAUUCUUAGACAGUUGCAGUUGAGAAGCGCAGACGAUGAUACGACGAAGACACAUGUCGAGGCAGCUGGUGACUUGUGGCUGGGAGUUUUGAGGAACGAUGAAGGAGGUUUCGAGUAUUUAGAUUAUGAACCAGUGGAUUAUGUGAACUGGGGAACAGGAGAACCGCAUAACGGACAGAACACAGACUGUGUCGUCAUGCAGACGGACAUCGUAGGACAUUGGGCUUCUUCACAAUGCGAUAUCCUCAAUAAAUACGGAUGCAAAAAAGCAAAACUUCCUGUUACACCAUCGCCACCUGCAUCACAACCUCAAAGUGGAGGAUCUACAGUUUCUAGUCAACCAAUACUAAGCACAUUAACAACAUUAUCUACAUAUACAACCAAUGGGCCGUCAGAUCCUUCAGCCUUACUAUCGCCUGGUGCAAUAGCUGGUAUCGCAAUUGGGACCAUUGCAGUUGCUGGACUCCUAGCCGCUGUCGUAGUCUAUCUCAUCGUUAACAAAAGGAAGUCGGUGCCACAUUCACAAUUCAACGAUGAGAUCGAUAUCUCUAGUUCCAAAGAUGCUUCACGGCCGUGAUUUACAACAUAAUUCUAAUUCAGAAUUAGACCAAUACGAAGGAAAACAUUCAUAUUUUACUGGCUUGUAUUGGAUUAAUUCAAGCAAGUGCCUUUGAGCAGAUGAAAACUGAAAUGAUGUUACAUGAUUAGAGAUGUCAGGAAACAUUGAUAGCUAUACCCUAUAUAGGAAUAUGUAUUUAGCUUUAACACCGGAAUGCCGGGAAAGCAAGAAUUGCUGUAAGGCCUAUACAACUUACUCCAUUACAGAAAUGUUCAUAUUAUAUUUACUUUGUCAUGGGAUGUAUAGUUCUACUGGCAUUUAAUGAUAGUUACCAUGGUAUUUAUCACUGGGUGGGACACUUUCCGCAAUAGUAAUGCAACGGGGCCCGGGUCGGGUGAUCUGAAUAUUGGUCCGAACACACUAAGAAAUUCGGGUUCAAUUUUACACCCCUAGGGGUGCACAGGCUUGUCCCUAUACGAGUACCCCCUAGCGGUGCACACGUACACCCCGAAUAUGGGUGUACAGUGUGCACCCCUAUUUGGGAUGUCCAUCUGCACUUUGGAGGGUGUACACGUCUACUCCUUAGGGUGCAUAAUGUAUCCCCACCUAAAAUAACAAAAAGAUUGUCGAGACUACCGGUCCACUCACUUUCUGUAUCGAUUUUUUUAUAGCUCAUUUAGUUGGGACUCGAACUCCCCUCGUUUUAUCUGUAGUCAAGAUUCUUCCCGCUAUGCCAGCGAGAAGGGCUGAGAGCGAAUGAGGUCUCUAGCGAUAUGAUCCGAUUCCUUUUUUGACUUGUGCUUAUAGUUGUGGUUCAACUAUAGCUCUUAUUACUGUAAUUACUGUAAUCAAAUGUGUUUUUGAAACAAUCAUCAUCACAUAAAUAUUAAAUUUUUUUUUUUAAUGAUUUCAGGUAAAAAGAAAUGCGUUAGUGCAUUGUUAUUUCUGGUAAUCUUCGAUCACAAAUCAACUUUAUCUAUACCAUACGUCUAUCAGCGAGACUGGUGGGGUGCGCACAAAGAGUAGAUGGGUGAACAACAGCCACGGACUCUCGCAUAAGAGCUAACUUGCACCUCAAUGGUUUUGCGAGGUGUAUGCACGUUUCGUACACCCCAUUUGCACUGGGAUUUCUUAGUGCGAACCUUAAAAAGGUGUUUCGGCGAUUGUCUUUCAAGCUGUGGGUUAAUUUUACCCCCGGAUAAAUUCUGGCCAGGUAACGUUUUAAUAUUUGACUGAUUGAUGCAUGUGUGAUGGUGGUCCCCAAGUCUGCGCACCUAACGAUUUGAGUUAAGAUUGAACAUGAACUUCUUUUUAUUCACAAAAUCUUUCGAUUAAUAAUGUUCCUCAUAUUAUCAUGAGUAAGUGUACCAAAUAUCUCAUUAAAAUUUGAAAGAAAUAUAGGAUUUUCUUUGAAAAAACCUCGGGCAGUCAUUUUCAGAUUGAAAAAAAAAUGAUACCCCAUGUCUGCGCACCCAUUCACUUUGCACAUGAUUCUGGUAUUUUAAUGAGAAAGGCUGCAUUUUGAGGCCGACACAUGAAACGCCCAAAAUUCAUUAUUUUUCCAUUAUUUUGAGUCGGAUUUUUUAAUGAAUAUCUGUCUAUUACCGUGUUUACACUUAAUCGGCAUUUGAAUCGGCUCGCGGUUCUGAACCGCGAGCCGAUUCAGCAUCGGCUUUUUCAUAGCGUGUAAACGCGAGCAACUUGAAUCGGCUCGCGGUUCAGAACCGGCAAUUUGCACCACCAAAGUAGUAGGUUCUGAACCGCGAGCCGAUGCAGAAUCGGCUUUUUUACUACGUGUAAACAGAAAGCCGAUUCUGCACCGGCAAUUUGUGCGCAUUUCAAUUACUUUACCAUUGUGACGUAAUUGUAAGCGCACUGAUCCAACGUUGUCUUUAUUAUGACGUAUAUUGUAGGUAUGCGUAUCAUUUCAGGUUUUUGCAUCGGCUCGCGGUUCUGAACCGCUAUCUGUAACAACGUGUAAACGCAAUCCAAAUGCCGAUUCUGCAUCGGCAUUUGGUUCAGAACCAAUUGCCGAUUAAGUGUAAACACGGUAUAUGAGGUGCAUGUGUAAAGUUUGUGUUCGUGUUCGUUGCGUAUCUUCUUUUACUAGAAUCGCGCACUGAUACGCGUGUGCGCAGACAAGGGGGACUGUGCAGAUUUGGGGGAACUUGCCAUACCAAGCUUUUGUACAUCACGAUUACACAUUUAUUAAGGCAUAUGACCUUUAAUCAAUUAUAUCAAAAUAAAUGUAAAGAUAAUCUUGACAAAUGACUGCCACUAUAUUCCCAAGAAUUGACACUGUAGAAGUUAACUAAUUUUAUAGACAGUGAAACAUCGUUUUCAACGACGAUGAAAAGCUUUUUAUCAUAUUGCGGGUGCAGAUGUUUAUAGGAAUUAAACGUCUGUAAAAUUUACUAUUCAUAUUUUAAGAAGUCAUCCUUUUAUAUUAACCAUUUUCACAGCUAUUGUGUCGCUAAUUAGUAAUAUCAAGCCGCAUGCCAUACCUCUGUAAUCAUGUAACAUACACAGCCCAACUUGUGUUUCUUACUUGUUUCGGGGUGGGCAAUUGAUGAAAACCUUCUUACAUCAGAGAGUUGUCUCUGGUUACAUGUACAGUACGUGACUCAUUCAUAGACUUGCAAAUGAAAACUAAAUAGAGUUAAGGUCCUCCUAUUAUAAAGAAUUACAUUGUGUGGUUAUAAUUUAAUUCAUCAAUAAAAUGUAAACACUUGUCUGGGAAAUUCAAACAAAAGUGCAACAUGGGGCUCACUUUUUCCACAUAUAUUAUUCUUCGUCUUUGGUUUCAUCUAUCACACGGAAGCUUUAAUGUUUGAUAGACUGUUACGCUUGAAUUAGCACUUUCCAUUUUAGGUAAAACUCGCAGAAAUGCUGAUUUUCAUGCUGUGCCAAGGAUCAAAGGCGGAAAAAAAACGAAUUGAACUUGCUGUAUGUUUUUUGUAGUUUUUAGGCAAUGGAAAUAAAAAGAUACAUAGUAAUCAUUUCAAAACAUACAUUUAAUUAUUCUAACUAUUAACAAAUGUUUCAUACUUUGUUUUAGGACACUAUGAGUAUAUAUUAUAUUUUGUUUAUUUGGAUAUUACCCAUGUGCUACUGUAAGCUCAUUAUUUUUGUUGAUUUUUGUUCAUAAUAAAUUUGCAUUUAUAUGUAUAUUUUAUUUGUAUGUGGCAAAAUGGAUAUAGAAAUGAAAUAAACCAAUCAAUUCAAUUC